ACCCGCGUCCUGAAGACUACAAUGUUUAUGUUCGCAACAUCAUCCCGCUCCAGAUCCCGCUCCAGUCACGGCACCCAGACACCUACCGAGAUGGAAGUCUUCCCAGCGACGAGUCCCCGCUACCGACCCCUCCAAAUCCCCGACGCACCAGGCUCCCUCUUCAUCCCGAAACUCCUCUACAGCCUGCUCAUAGCCGCCGCCUGCAGCCUCUCCCUCCUCUCCCUCUAUCUCACCCAAGUCCACCACCUCACCAAAACACAAAUGGGUCUGAUUUUCGCCACCACGCCCAUUGUCGCCCUCAUCGGCAACCCACUCGCCACCGCCGCCGCGGAUAAGUGGAACCACCACAAACGAUAUUUGCGCAUCACUCUCUCGCUGGCACUGUUGUUGACUGCAUGCGUGACGUUCCGACCAGCCUACCCCUUUCUGGUACUAGGAACGAUUGUCGUGUCCUUUCUGCGCGACCCUGGGUUUCCAAUAUUAGACAGCUUGGUAAUGACCAUGCUGGGCCACGCGCGGAAGGAUGAGUACGGCCGACAACGGCUAUGGGGCUCGGUGGCGUGUGGGGUGGUCACGGCGUGUGUGGGCAUGCUGGUGGACUGGACGGGCGAUCUGGAGGUGAUUGUGUGGUGUCAUGUAACGUUGUUGGCGAUUUUUGUGAUGGUAUUGGGGAGAUUGCCGAUUGAGAGUGCGUCGAAAAGUGAGGUUUUGGAGGACGAUGAUGAUGGUGAGGUGGAGACGGUGGAGUUUUCGCCUGUUUCUACCAUCGUUGUGAGCGAUGGACAUGCUCCAGGUGCUGAUGCUACGACGACACUUGAGGACGACAGUGCCGGUGGCGGUUCGGAAGCACUCUUCGGUGAUGUGACGGAUCUGACAAUAGCAGCUGAGGCCGACAAUGAUUUCUUCCGCGACGACGAGGAUGACCUCUUUGCUGGGUGGCAGCCGCUAUCACAAUCACGGCUCGACAUCGGACGUGAAGACGAGCAGCAGCGAUUUCACAGCGCCGCCUAUCCUCCGUCGCCGGCACUAUCAGCAGCGGGCAAGCAAACCCGCCCGCGACACAACAGCGGGCCAUCAUACACAUCGCUACCGAACGACGAAGAGGCCGCCACUAGCGACAGCGACUCGAUCCACUCCGCUCCACCCGCAUCAAUCUUGGACUUAUUUCGCGAUCCCGCAAACGUAUCAUUCUUCGCAUCAGUCUAUCUGAUGGGUUUAACGGUGUCGGUCGUAGACGCCUUCCUUUACCUCUACCUAUCUGAAAAGAUGGGCGCAACAACAAUCUUCCUCGGGUUCGCGAAACCCGUGCAGGUCGGUAUGGAGGUGCCCAUGUUCUAUUUCUCGAAACAGAUCUUGCACACCGUGGGCGUAAACAACAUGCUCUCCCUCGCACAACUGAUACUCAUUGUGAGACUGUGCGGCUACUUCCUCGUCUCGUGGGGCGGCAGCGUAUGGUACGCGUUGCCAAGCGAGUGGCUCCACGGCGUGUUUUUCGGGAUCAUGUGGACCGGAGCCGUCCGCUUCGCCGACGACAAUGCCCCCGCCCACUCCCGUGCAACCGCGCAAGGUAUCCUCACGGGCGUCUACGCCGGCCUCGGCCCAGCGACCGGCGCGCUGCUCGGGGGUUGGUUCUAUGAUAAGACCGGCGGGCGGUUGUUGGUGCUGUUUGCGUCGCUGGCGAUGGUAAAUGGCCUGGCGUUGAUACUGUUUGCGGGGUGCAGAGGUGGCGGGAGUUGGAGGUUGAGAGGGUGGAUGGGGAACGGACGGCGUGAACGGGGUGCGGCGUAGGAUACGAGUAGAGUAGGGUAGGCGGAAUGUAUAUAGCUGGCGGGCUACUCUACUUGUGCUGUUCCGUUGUCUAUGUUUAGCUUUCUGUCUACUCGAUGAGUAGCCUUGGGUUUCAUCUGUACAUAUUUCAACUUUCGCAUAAACAUAAC